AUGCUAAUGCAGCUCCCUCGUCAUCUGCACACUUUAUUACUGUUCACGUGGACAGACUACAAGACCAUAUUCCUGCCUAUUACGGCCUUCGCGUGUGCGACAGCUCCCCUGCACUCUGCGUCGCGCUUAUUGCAGGCAUGGUCGUGGAUCUGGCUGCACCAGCUUAUGUGCAAUGUCUCAAACCAGGCUCGAUCGAAGGAGGAGGAUGUACUCAACCGACCAUGGAGACCACUUCCAUCAGGACGAGUGUCCGAGGCAGCCGCUGUGCGCCUACGUCAUCUCACGGUACUCGUGUGCUUACUGCACUCAUAUAUGUGUGGCUGGGACAUGGUUGCCGUAACUGCUGGCCUUAUGCUCACCACGUACUUCUAUGACAACGUUGGGCUCGCAUCUCAUCACUUGGGCAAGAGUCUAUGCAACAUAGGUGGAUAUACAGCUUUCGAGAUAGGGGCAACAAAGCUCGUGGGUGAUACCCGUGCGCUGGAUCAUAUUUCAUGGAUCGCGGUCGUCAUCAGUGGGACCCUCAUUUUCACUACCGUCCAUACACAAGAUUUCCCUGACGUCGAGGGAGAUGCAAAGCUUGGUCGCGUCACCUUUCCGAUAUACGCCCCUGAAACCGCACGUCUAUUCACCAUCUGUGCGAUGGUCAUCUGGUCACUCUUCCUGUGCUGGUUCUGGAAGGUCGAUACAGGAGUGAGCACCGCAAUGUUCGCACUAGGGCUAUUCGUUGGCCUCCGGUUCUAUUGGUGGAGGACUCCAGAGCACGAUGCGCGCUCUUACUUGAUUUAUAAUAUCUGGCUGAUGCUCGCGCAUCUGCUUCCUGUGAAAGGAAGAAUGCAGGGUACCAACAUAGAUUAG